UCAGUCACAACCCUAAAACUGCAUAAAAAGAAGCUUCAAUUCACGCAUAAUAAUCAAGAAUACUAGUAAUAUCAGAGACUUUUCGAUCGUUGCAUUCUUUUGAACCAGUAAUUAUUGAACCUUUUCUGUAUCUAGCGGUCGAUCGAUCUGACCUUUAAACGUGCAAACUUGUGUAAGAAUAUUUGGCUCGACCGAGAAGUGCACAUGAGUAUGGUGGUGCCCGAGGCGGGGAUAUGGGUGGUGCAAGAGAUGAAAGACAGGGCUAGCUCUAAGUAUGAUUCCUCCAUAAAAAUUGUAAAGAGUUCGAGUGGUGGCGUAUCUUCAAGGCAUGCAAAGAGGUUUUCUAGUGAUCAUGAUUCUGCUUCAUUAAAGGAUGCUAAGAGUGAGAAGCUAAAACAGGCUGAAGAAUCUCUGAGGACUGUCAUGUACUUGAGUUGCUGGGGUCCCAACUGAUCGUCUCCAUCUAUUUUACCUUUUUCUUUUGCCUUUCUUGCCUUGUUGUGAAAGAUCGUGACUUGAAAAUCUAUAAAAGCUCGAGGUUUAGAAGUAAUUGUGACUAAGGGAAUGAUUUUCGGUCUUCUUGGCUUCGUAGGUGUAAGAAGUAUGUAUGUUUGUUAUAGAAAGUUAAUGAUUUUCUUCAAAUUUCUCAUCUUUUUCUUA